UAAUUAAGCCUAGUAACUCCCUGGCAAUAAUUUCAAUCAGUUCCCCUGAGUUUUCCGUAAGAUUGAAAAAUGAAGACCAUUAUUAUUCUAUGGACGAUCUGCAUUGUUGCAGUUUUCGGCAUUACACUUGAUAAAGAACUAAAGAACGCCUGCAUGAAGGAAGAGGAUGCGAAUCUCGAUGCAAUUGAAAAGGCUUACCACCAAAACGAAUGGGAUGACGACAGUAAGCUUCGUUGUUUCAGUGUCUGUAUGAUGAGGAAAUGGAAAUUAAUUGAUGAGCGCGAUGGUAGCUGGAUCCCGAAUGCGAUACGAGAAUACAUUACUAAAACAUAUCCUUCUGCCAAUGUGGAUCAAGUUAUGACUAAAUGCCCACUGAGGUUCGACGCUACUUGCACCACCUCAUAUCUUCUGCAGAAAUGCUGGGGUGAUCUCAAACUAUCGGAUGCUGCUGUGGUAGCAUAAAUUGGAAUCUUAUCAUAUCGAUGAACACUGGCUCUCUCCGUGCCUAGAAAACCCCAUUAGACGGCCUCGCUCGAUUAAUAUUAUGUAAUUUUAUAUCAUAUUCUUUUAUAAUUCAGUAAACCCAUGAUAGAAAGUACAAAGUACUACUUUACUUCAA